AUGGGUCUGGUCGUGGAGGAACUCGCACAACUGAAGAAGAACGGCGAGGUCGAAGUAUCAGAGGAGUACACUCCAUACCAGCCCGAGAAGGGCUAUGGCUGGGGAGGGGCUCUGCCCGUGAAGCAGGGUCUGUAUGACCCCAGCCUCGAGAAGGAUGCUUGUGGUGUGGGCUUUGCUGCCAAUAUCAAAGGCAAGCCGAGCCACAAAAUCGUCAGCGAUGCACGGAAUCUACUAUGCAACAUGACACACAGAGGCGCCGUCGGUUCUGAUGCACGAGACGGUGACGGCGCCGGUGUCAUGACCUCGAUCCCUCACAAAUUCUUUGUCAAGAACUUUGCCCGCGAAGUCGGCAUAGAGCUCCCUCCUCAAGGACAAUAUGCUGCUGGUAAUCUGUUCUUCAAGCCCGAUACUGAGAUGUUGAAGUCUGCAACCACUACCUUCGAAGAGAUUGCGAAAGAGCUAGGUUUGCGGACACUAGGAUGGAGAGAGGUUCCUCGAGAUUCUACUCUGCUAGGUCCAGCUGCACACUCCAGAGAACCAAUCAUACUGCAGCCUUUUGUCGUACUUCAAUCCGCAUAUGGUGACGGCAACAAGCCACAGAACACAGAUCCAGAGCAGUUUGAUGAGCUGGAGUUCGAAAGACAGCUAUACGUGCUGAGAAAGUCUGUUUCUCACGAUGCACGAUGGAAGCCAUGGUUCUACGUUUGCUCCCUCAGCAACAGGAACAUUGUCUACAAGGGUCAAUUGGCUCCUGUUCAGGUCUACCAGUACUUCCACGAUCUCGUAUCCGUUGACUACGAGGCGCAUUUCGCUCUGGUCCACUCUCGAUUCUCGACAAACACUUUCCCCUCUUGGGACCGAUCGCAGCCACUCAGAUGGCUUGCUCACAACGGUGAAAUUAACACACUACGAGGAAACAAGAACUGGCAAAGAGCAAGAGAAGGUGUACUGAAGUCUGAUCUGUUUGGUGAGGAGCUCGAGAGACUCUUCCCUAUUGUUGAGGACGGUGGAUCUGAUUCUGCAGCAUUCGACAAUGUGCUCGAAAUGCUUGUUAUGAAUCGAGUUAUGUCUUUGCCAGAAGCUGUCAUGAUGAUGGUUCCUGAGGCAUGGCAAGGCAAUCAGGCAAUGGAUCCUGCGAAAAAGGCUUUCUACGAGUAUGCUGCUUGCUUGAUGGAGCCGUGGGACGGUCCUGCGCUGUUCACAUUCGCAGAUGGAAGAUACUGCGGUGCGAACCUCGACCGAAAUGGUCUCAGACCUUGCAGAUACUAUGUCACUGAUGACGAUCGUAUCAUUUGCGCCUCUGAGGUCGGUACAAUUGCUAUUGAGCCAGAGCGAAUCAUCCAAAAGGGCCGCUUGCAGCCUGGAAAAAUGUUGCUGGUCGAUACACAGGCUGGUCGCAUCAUCGAUGACUCCGAGCUGAAGAACCAAGUCGCUACAAGACAAAACUUCCAGCAAUGGCUCGACAAGCAUCUUCUCAAGUUGCCCAAGGUGAUCGAGGAGGUUGGCGAAAAGUCAGAUCUGAAAUGGGAGCUUACUGAACAUACUAUCCAGCAAGACCCUCUUCUACAGGCUUUCGGUUACACCUUUGAGCAGAUCUCUCUCUUACUUGGUCCCAUGGCUGCUGACUCCAAGGAAGCGCUUGGAUCCAUGGGCAACGACGCUCCUCUGGCAUGUCUGGCACAGCAGCCACGACUCCUAUAUGAAUACUUCCGACAGCUUUUCGCUCAAGUCACAAAUCCACCCAUCGAUCCCAUCCGUGAAGCCAUUGUUAUGUCAUUGGAAUGCUAUGUCGGUCCACAGGGCAAUUUGUUGGAAAUGGAUGCUUCUCAAUGUGGUCGUCUGUUGAUGCCAUCUCCCAUCCUGGAAAUUGAGAGCUUCAACGCAAUCAAGAACAUGCACAAAGUUCACAAGGAGUGGACCGCGAAGACGAUCGACAUCACUUUCGAUAAGAAGGACGGUGUCGAUGGUUUCAUGGAAGCUCUGGACAGCAUCUGCGACGAAGCUACUGCUGCAAUCGAAAGCGAGGAUAGAAUCAUCAUUCUCACAGAUCGAGCGACAUCAGCCGACAGGGUAUCUGUUCCAUCUCUACUUGCGACUGGUAUGGUGCAUCACCAUUUGGUCAGAAACAAGUGGCGAUCCAGAGUCGCUUUGGUUGUUGAGUCUGCCGAAGCUCGCGAGGUUCACCACAUGUGUGUGCUCGUUGGCUAUGGUGCUGAUGCCAUCAAUCCAUAUCUUGCUAUGGAAUGCAUUCUCAAGCUGAACCGUGAAGGUCUGAUCAAGAAGAAGCUCAACGAUCAGCAAAUCAUCGAGAACUACAAGGCCUCUUGCGAUGGAGGUAUUUUGAAGGUCAUGAGCAAGAUGGGUAUCUCGACUCUGCAGUCCUACAAGGGUGCUCAAAUUUUCGAAGCUCUUGGUGUUGACGACUCGGUCAUUGAUCGAUGCUUCGCUGGUACAGCUACACGUAUUCGAGGUAUCACCUUCGAGCAGAUCGCUCAAGAUGCUUUCGCUAUGCAUGAGAAGGGCUUUCCGAACAGAACGAUCAGACAAAUUCCAGGCCUUGCUGAGUCAGGUGAAUAUCACUGGAGAGAUGGUGGCGAACCUCACAUCAACGACCCUACCAGCAUGGCCAACAUCCAGGACGCUGUUAGAACCAAGAACGACAAGUCUUACGAGGCUUACUCUCUUUCCGAGUACGAGUCGAUCAAGAACUGCACACUUCGAGGUAUGCUCGACUUUGACUUUGAGCAGCGAACCCCUGUACCUAUUGAUCAAGUCGAGCCAUGGACUGAAAUCGUCCGAAGAUUCGUCACUGGUGCUAUGUCUUAUGGUUCGAUCUCCAUGGAGUCACACUCUACUUUGGCCGUGGCCAUGAACAGACUUGGUGGCAAGUCCAAUACUGGAGAAGGUGGCGAAGAUCCAGAGCGUUCUCUCAAGAUGGAGAACGGCGAUUCUAUGCGAUCUGCUAUCAAGCAAAUUGCCUCAGGACGAUUUGGUGUGACAUCAAAUUACUUGGCUGAUUCUGAUGAGCUGCAAAUCAAGAUGGCUCAAGGUGCUAAGCCUGGUGAAGGUGGUGAGCUUCCUGGUCACAAAGUAUCCAAGUCAAUUGCACGAACACGACACUCCACUCCUGGUGUCGGUUUGAUUUCACCUCCACCUCACCACGACAUCUAUUCUAUCGAAGAUCUGAAGCAACUCAUCUACGAUUUGAAGUGCUCGAACCCUCGAGCUCGUGUCUCGGUCAAGCUUGUGUCUGAGGUAGGUGUCGGUAUUGUGGCUGCUGGUGUCGCCAAAGCCAAGGCUGACCACAUCCUGAUCUCCGGUCACGAUGGUGGAACUGGUGCCUCCCGCUGGACUGGUAUCAAAUAUGCUGGCCUUCCCUUCGAGCUGGGCCUCGCAGAGACCCACCAGACGCUUGUGCUCAAUGACCUUCGAGGCCGUGUCAUUGUGCAGACUGAUGGUCAACUGAGGACCGGAAGAGACGUCGCUAUUGCCUGUUUACUUGGUGCAGAAGAGUGGGGGUUCGCUACAACACCUCUGAUCGCCAUGGGCUGCAUUAUGAUGCGGAAAUGCCACCUGAAUACUUGCCCAGUGGGUAUAGCGACUCAAGACCCCGACCUCAGAAAGAAGUUCAAGGGUACGCCCGAGCACGUUAUUAACUUUUUCUAUUAUAUUGCGAAUGAACUGCGUGCAAUCAUGGCUAAGCUGGGCCUGAGAAGCGUCAACGAAAUGGUCGGAAGAGCUGAGUUACUGAAGAUGCGGGAGGACCUCCGUAACCCAAAAACUGCUAACAUUGACUUGUCCCUGAUCUUAACACCAGCUCACUCCAUUCGACCAGGUGUUGCGACCUACAACGUCCGCAAGCAGGAUCACAAGCUUCACACUCGACUUGACAAUAAGCUCAUUGCUGAAUCAGAACUUGCUCUCGAGAAGGGCCUGCCAUGCAGAAUUGAGACCGAUAUCGUCAAUACCGAUCGAGCAUUAGGUGCAACACUGUCCUACCACAUCAGCAAGCGCAAGGGCGAGGCUGGCCUGCCAAAGGACACCAUCCACACCAACGUCCGUGGCUCAGCCGGUCAAUCCUUCGGUGCAUUCCUGGCUCCUGGUGUUACCCUUGAGCUUGAAGGUGACGCCAACGACUAUGUCGGAAAGGGUCUCUCUGGUGGUCGACUGAUUGUCUACCCACCUCGAGCAGCGACAUUCAAGGCUGAGGAGAACAUCUUGAUCGGUAAUGUGUGCUUGUAUGGAGCCACAAUGGGUGACUGCUACUUCCGAGGUGUUGCGGCUGAACGUUUCGCUGUGCGAAACUCUGGCGCAAAUGCCGUCGUUGAAGGUGUCGGUGAUCAUGGUUGCGAAUAUAUGACUGGAGGACGUGUUAUCAUUCUUGGCACUACUGGUCGAAACUUCGCCGCUGGUAUGUCUGGCGGUAUUGCCUAUGUCUUCGACAAGCACCAGGACUUCCACUCCAAGAUCAACAUGGAGAUGGUUGAGGUCUCUGGUGUGGAAGACCCAGCUGAGAUUGCCUUCCUCCGCGGCAUGAUUGAAGAUCAUCACCACUACACUGGAUCUGAGCUAGCGGCCCGAAUUCUGCUUGAAUUCAACCGUGCCCUCCCACGCUUCGUGAAGGUCCUGCCAGUUGAUUACAAGCGGGUCCUCGAAGAGAAUGCCAAAGCUGCGGAGGACGCCAAGCGAGCCGAAUAUCCCCUUCCGAUCCUUCCUGGCCAGGCUGUGCGAACACUCCACGAGGAGAAUAUCACCAAGACCAAUGACAAGCAUGACAAAGAGCAGAAGAAAGCUGACAUGCUUGACAUUGAAGAAGGUAUCAACGGCGACGAGAAGAAGGCCAAACAAAAGUCUGCACUCGUCCUCGACAAAACACGAGGUUUCAUGAAAUACACCCGCAGAAGUGAGAAGUACCGACCAGCACAGACUCGUGUCAAGGACUGGGCUGAGCUUUCUUCUCGACUCAACGAAGAUGAGCUAAAGUACCAAUCGGCACGAUGCAUGGACUGUGGUGUACCAUUCUGUCAGUCCGAUACUGGAUGCCCAAUCUCCAAUAUCAUUCCCAAAUGGAACGAAUUGGUGUUCCAGGGGCAAUGGAAAGAUGCUCUUAACCGAUUGCUCAUGACCAACAAUUUCCCCGAGUUCACCGGCCGUGUCUGCCCAGCUCCAUGCGAAGGUGCAUGUGUUCUUGGAAUUAACGAGGAUCCUGUGGGUAUCAAGUCAAUCGAGUGCGCAAUCAUCGACAAAGGCUUCGAGAUGGGCUGGAUGGUGCCAGAUCCACCCAAGUACAGAACUGGAAAGAAAGUGGCAGUUAUUGGUUCUGGACCAGCAGGUAUGGCUACUGCUGAUCAGCUGAACCGAGCUGGUCAUGAAGUUACUGUCUACGAGAAGUCCGAUCGAGUGGGUGGACUUUUGAUGUACGGUAUUCCCAACAUGAAGCUUGACAAGCGCAUUGUACAACGAAGAGUCGACUUAAUGGCUGCCGAAGGUGUUAAGUGGGUUACUGGCGUUCAGGUCGGACCUGGUGGCGACAUCAACUUGGACAAGCUGCGACAGGAGAACGAUGCUGUGGUUAUCUCUACUGGUGCUCAAGUCGCCCGAGACCUGAAGAUUAAGAACCGAGAAUUCUCUGGCAUUCACUUUGCUAUGGAGUUCUUGCACGCCAACACCAAAUCUCUGCUAGACUCUCAGCUGGAGGACGCCAAGUACAUUUCUGCCAAAGACAAGCACGUUGUGGUCAUUGGUGGUGGUGAUACUGGUAACGACUGCAUUGGUACGUCUCUGCGACAUGGUGCCAAAUCAGUCACCAACUUCGAAUUGCUUCCACAACCACCACCAGAGAGAGCUCGCGAUAACCCAUGGCCACAGUGGCCAAGAAUUUACAGAGUGGAUUAUGGUCACACAGAGGUCAAGCAACACUAUGGCAAAGAUCCUCGUGAGUACUGUGUCAUGACCAAGGAAUUCACUGGUGAAGAUGGUCGAGUUACCGGUAUCGAGACUGCUCGUGUCAACUGGACCAAGACGGCCUCAGGUGGAUGGGAUAUGAAGCCUGUUGAGGGCUCCGAGCAAUUGUUCCCAGCCGAUCUUGUACUGCUUUCUAUGGGUUUCUUGGGUCCAGAUGAUCGACUAUUUGAAGGACAGGUCGAGCUUGAUCCACGAAAGAACAUCAAGACACCAAAGGGACAAUAUGACACUAAUAUCCCAGGUGUGUUUGCUGCUGGUGAUUGCCGACGUGGCCAGUCGCUUAUUGUAUGGGGCAUCAACGAAGGUCGACAAUGUGCAAGACAAGUCGACAGCUACCUGAUUGGAGAGGGUUCGCUCUUGCCAGUCACUGGUGGCAUUAUCCGACGCAACCACAUGGAUGCUGUGCCCAAGAGCAAGCCAAAGGCCCAGAUGAAUGGCGACAUGGCUCAUGCUUCGGAAGGUGUAGGAAAGGUUGAUACAGCUGCAUCUUCAUCAUAA